AUGUCUCCACAUCCAUGUUUCGUCUGUAAUUCACCUGCCAACGAAUGUCAUUUUGGAUCGAAAUCUCAAAUUUGCAGAGCAUGCUCCGCCUUCUUCCGUCGGUACGUUCUCUCCCCAAAGUCUGCUAUCAAAUGUAGGAGGGAUAAAUCUUGCAGAAUCAAUUUCAAAGACCCAAAAAUCUGUCGAUUCUGUCGAAUGGAACGGUGUAUUCUAGCAGGAAUGAAAACGACGGCUGUUCAACCGCCACGAGAAAAAUAUAGUGAAGAUAAAGGCGAUUCGGAAACCAGUUCCUGCUACAGUGGUAGUCCAUACACUUAUGAAGUUCAAAGUUGUUCAACUGAUAUUCCACGUCUUCAUCGAUUGAGUGUACAUUUUAAAAAUUUGGAGAAUGUUCGGAAGUUAGAGUUUCAAAAUCAAGAGCCACCAAAGUCAAGAAAUAUGGUGGAGCUCAUUGAGAUUUUAAGAAAAGAUAUAAGAUUAGUAUCUACUUUUGUGGAAGGAGCUUAUCCAGAGCUGGGGAGAAUGGGAAAAUUAGAGAGGAAACUUCUAUUCCUGAACUUCUUCAUCAAAUACAUGUUAGUUGAGCCUCCAUUCCUCGGAUUGGCUGCUGGAAGACAAGAAAUGGUUCUACCAAAUGGAGAUCAUUAUGAUGAAGAUGUUGGCAGAUUUUACUCGUUUAUGAAUGUAGAGGCGCUGACUGGAAAUCCACCAGAAACGUAUUUCAAGCCAUACUGGGAUGAAUAUAAGCGAACCGUGAUUGAUGACGUGUGGUUUUUGAAGCCCGAUGUUUACGAAUUCCUCACAGUUUCUGGGUUGAUCCUUUGGGACACUGGUCUCGAUGGACUCACUGAUCAAGGUGUUGAAGUAUGUCGGGCUAUGCGAGAAAAACUGGUUAGCGAGAUCCAUUUCUACUACAAAAACGUGAAGAAAGUAGAGGAUCCAUGUCUGAGACUCGGUCAAAUUAUGAUGUUACUCUCUUCUGUUCAAAAAUCAUUCGGAAAAUAUCAAGAAGAACUUCAGAUGUGUGGAUUCUUUGAGAUUUACAAGAACUUGGAUCCAGAGACGUGUCAGAUUAUAAAUGAUUCAUUGCAACUGUGA